CCCCACCUGGAAGGCCCGCGCCAGGCUGAGGCCGCGGUGCCGCAUGAGGUCGCCUUGUCCCCGCACCGGACCAGAAGCUUCUGCUCCGUGCCUGCCACAAACUUGUACGGAACCGACAAAAACCGGCUUUGGAGUCCGGCAGAGCUCUUCAGAUGUUGGCUUUACGGCGUGUUGGUUCAAGGACGAGAGGCAUGGAAAAUAGUUAUUCCUCAGCCUUCUAUUAUGAAAUCCCAGAUGUUGACAUCUAUGAAAAUCCGCUGGUGGGGAGGGGCGAUGAGCCUGCUGCCCCCACCGAGGACCUGGGGACCCUGGAGAGCUCCAGCACAAUGGAUAUGCUCUUUACCAAAAGGGACAUCCCAGAGGCCCUGGAGGAGGAGGAGGAGUCCGAGGGUCCCCCCGGGGAGCAGGACCUGAAAGAGACCUACAUCCAGCUGGUCCAAGGCGUGCAAGAGUGGCAGGAUGGCUGUGUAUACCGAGGGGACUUCGGGCUGGACAUGAAGCUGGGCAAUGGUGAAUUCUCUUGGCCCACGGGCGAGUCUUACCGCGGGCAGUUUUACCGCGACCACCGCCACGGGCUGGGCACCUACCUGUGGCCCGAUGGCUCCAGCUUCACCGGCAUGUUUUACCUGAGCUACCGAGAAGGCUAUGGCACCAUGUACCAGAAGACCAGGCUCUUCCAGGGGCUGUACAAAGCCAACGAGCGGUUUGGGCCAGGCAUUGAGACCUACCCCGACGGUAGCCAGGACGUCGGGCUGUGGUUUCGGGAGCACCUCAUCAAGCUGUGCACAGAGGUCCCCAGCAGCUUCUCCAUACACGACUACCCUGAGUACUCAGGCUUCCUCACGCACUCUCCUGCUAGAAUCAGCCUCUUGGGCGAGGAGAAAAUGGAGUGGGACCUGCAUGAGGAACAGGACCCCUUUUUCUACGACUAUAAGCGGUUUCUUCUGAAUGAUGACUUAACUCUGCCUCCAGAAAUGUACACCUACUCAACCAACAACAGCCACCUGCCCAUGACCUGCUCUUUCCGCAAAGAAUUAGAUGCCCUGAUCUUCCUUAACGAUGUCCCUCCGUUUGUUGAGGACAGCGAACCCUGGUUUAUAAAAAAUGAGACCCCUUUGAUGGUCAAAAUCCAGAAGCAAGCUUAUAAGUACAGGAACAAGAAGGCCCACAGCAGCUGGAACAUGGGUGCCAUCCUGGAGGGGGACCGGAGAAGCUUUGCGUGUCGUGGGCCCAAGGAGCGGCUUGCCAAGGACAUGAUCCUGAGGGCUGGGGAAGGGAACUAUGACUGGAUCUACGGGAUCCUCAGGGAUGACCUCGCCAGCGCUGAUGUGGCUGAUGCCAAGGGCUACACUGUGCUCGCUGCGGCUGCUGUUCACUGUCACAACAACAUUAUCAACCUUCUGCUGGACCACGGGGCCGACGUGAACAAGUACACAGACGAGGGCCUCACGGCGCUCAACAUGUGCUUCCUUCUCUACUACCCGUCCAGGUGCUUCAAGCCCAACAUCGCUGAGCGGACGGUGCCCAAGCCCCAGUGUGCCAGGGACAUAGUCCGGCUCCUCCUCUCCCACAAAGCAAACCCCAACAUGCUGUGGAGUGGCCACUCCCCACUCUCGCUGUCCAUCGCCAGUGGGAAUGACCUGAUUGUGAAGGAGCUUCUGUCCCACGGAGCUGACCCCAACCUGCCGCUGACCAGAGGCUUGGGCAGCGCCUUGUGUGUUGCCUGUGACCUCACCUGUGAGCACCAGAGGAGCACGGACAGCAAGCUGGCCCUGAUUGACCGGCUAAUUAAUUACGGGGCUGACAUCCUGAGCCCCGUGACGCUCGCUCAGGGGGACAGGAUGGCUGUGGGCACGGCUGUUGACUAUGGGUAUUUCAAAUUCUACCAGGACCGGAAGAUCGCCCACUGCCCCUUCCACAUGCUGAUGCCGGCCGAGCGGGAGAUCUUUCUGGGCCGCAAGAGGCUCCUGGAGUACGUGGGCUUCCGGUUGCGCCGCGCGGUCUCCGCCAAGGAGAGCCAGUGGGAUCCGAAGCUGCUGAACCUGAGCAAGAAAG